GUACAAUUCAGGGGACACAAUUCAUGUAAAAGUCGAAAUUACAGCCAACCAUAAGGGCCACUUUCAAUUUCAAUUAUGUCCCUUGAACAAUUCUAUGGAAAUGGAGGAGGAAGAAUGCUUCGAGAAAUAUCCUCUGCCAUUAGUCGACGGCUCAUAUAAAUAUGCACUGCCCACAGACAAUGUCGGAUUCUUUGAAACAGAUAUUAUUCUUCCAAAAGGAAUUUCUUGCGACCAUUGUGUUUUACGAUGGGAAUACAUCGCGGGAAAUAAUUGGGGCACCUGCGCCGAUGGUUUAGGUAAACUUGGCUGUGGACCUCAAGAAACAUUCAAGAACUGCUCUGACAUUAGUAUUAUAAACAACUUUCAAUAGUAGAAGUAAAAAAAAUAAACAUCAAUUUCCACAUAUUAUAAUACUCGACCCCAAAAUUUUGCAAUCCUUCUAGAUGUUCAACUUAAAAUAAAAUAUUCAAAUCAUCAGGAUGUUGUUAAGCAACAUCCCAGCUACAACUUAGGUGAUUUCCGAAGCAUAGGAUUAAUAUUUUGGUCUGAAAAAAUCAAAAAGAGACAAUAAUGUAGAAAAUUUCUUAUGAAAUUUCAAGUCAACUUUCAAAAUUCACAAUAGAGUCUAAAACAAAAUCUAAUUAUGAAAAUAAAAAAUUGAUUACAGAUAAAAAAUGAAAUGCUCGAAUGCAGAUGAAAAUACAUUGUUUACGAGUUGUUCCCUAAUCUACCUGUUUGGAUAUAAUUAUAUCUUUCCUGAAAGAAACAUCAUCUAGCCGCGCACACACAUUAACUGAUAGGAAAGUAGGCCUUUUUACUUUGUUUCACUUUUUUUUCUUUCUUUUUUUUAAUUUUU